AUGGGGUGGGGGAUCAGGAGGCAGCAGCAAGCUUCUUCGGCGGCGGUGGAGCGAAGGGGAGGGGAGAGUGAUGAGCGGAGGGGCAAGGGGAAGGCGGCGGCGUUCUCCUUCUCGCCGCUGUCGUGGAUCGCCAAGCUGACGGCGAGGUCGUCCCAAGGGAAGGCUGGUGGCGCCAAGCACGCGCCGCCGCCGCCGGCGACCGCGUUCCAUUCUUUUCUCACCAAGAGGACCUGCCCGAGCUCGUCGGUGGUGGCAGGCGACGUCGCUCCGGGGAGGUCCAGCCCGCCGCGGCGCUCCCCUGUGGAGGUCGCCCCGCGGCGGCUGUCCGUUGGCAAUGACAGCGCCGAGGCCGUGGCGCGGCGGCUCUGCCAAACCCGCCGCCGCCGUCGCCACUGCUCCCUCGGCGGCGACCGUGACCUCCCGCCGCUCGGCCACCUCAUCCCCUUCUCCCUCGCAGGCUCCCCAGCUUCCCAGCCGCCGCCGGACGCGACCGUCGCCGCCGCCGCCGCGACACCAUCAGACACCGACGCCGGGGGCGGGGCGCGCCUGAGGACGCGACGCCGCCGCCACCGCGCCCACCGCCGCCGCCGCAGCAGCAUCAGCGGCAGCAGGCGAUCGUUCUCCGUCUCCGGCCGGAUGCCCGCCGUGCGCGUACGUCCGGUGCGCGCGGCGGCGGCCGCGGCGCCGGAGCUGGAGAGGUUGGCUGUGGUGCGGCGCACGCGUGACCCCCAGCGAGCGUUCCGGGAGUCCAUGGUGGAGAUGAUCGCGAGCAGCGGCGGGAGCAUCGCCGCCCGGCCGGAGGAGCUGGAGCGGCUGCUGGCGUGCUACCUCGCCCUCAACGCCGACGAGCACCACGACUGCAUCGUCAAGGUGUUCCGCCAGGUCUGGUUCGAGUACAUCAACCUCCACCUCUCCCGCCGGCGACGAGCUCGCCGCUGCUGACACACACUGUCAGCCAGCUCAGCCAAUCAACCCCCCUCUUCGCGUGACACGUGUCCUACGCUUUUCAGCUACUCCUAAGUAAUUAGCGUUUCCAUGGCUCGCAUGAUUAGCUGCUAAUUGCAAUCGAAAGCUUGCUAAAAAAUGGUCAUUAGCUGCAGCUAAUGGUGAAACAAAAUGCACGUGAAUUGAGGUGUUCUUGUACAGUGUUGGUACUUGAAUCGAAAUAUGUUGUAUUCUCAAAUUUGUAAACGACGGCGAGACAUUUGUAACGUUGCGAAAUGGAGGGGGAGACGAAGCGAGGACAAGGCUUCGAUAUUGCGGUUUUGGGCGUACAUGGCACGCUGGCAGCUGUAGAUUCCUCCGGGUUAA